GUGCAUUUACCCCCAAUUGCGUUUUGAAGCUCCACUUGAAAUUUCUUGUUUAGUUGGGCUGAAACAGAGAGAUUGCUUCUGCGUGAGAAGAGAUCAUGAGUUCUACACAGGGGUCGCACUCACUGGCCUUCAGGGUGAUGAGGCUUUGCAGGCCCUCGUUUCAGGUAGAGACCCCUCUCCUCGUGGACCCGGCCGAUCUCAUGGUCGGCGAGGAUAUCUUCGACGAUCCGAUCGCUGCCUCCCUUCUCCCGCCUCUUAUCGACGGCCACAUCGGCGGCAAGGCCAGCACCCUCGACUCUACUGAUCUCAGCUACCGCGCCAGAUUUGUCCUGCACCACCCCUGCGACUCCAUUGGCCUCUCUGGCCUCCUCAUGCUCCCCCAGUCUUUCGGGGCGAUAUAUUUGGGAGAAACUUUUUGUAGCUACAUCAGUAUCAACAACAGUUCUAAUUUCGAGGUUAGAGACGUUAUUAUCAAGGCAGAAAUUCAAACCGAGAGACAGAGGAUUCUUCUUCUGGAUACAUCGAAGUCAUCUGUUGAAUCCAUACGUGCAGGAGGGCGUUAUGACUUUAUUGUUGAGCAUGAUGUGAAAGAACUUGGUGCUCAUACGUUGGUGUGCACUGCGUUGUACAAUGAUGGUGAUGGUGAGCGUAAAUAUCUUCCACAGUUUUUCAAGUUCAUCGUUGCCAAUCCACUUUCAGUUAGGACAAAGGUCCGUGUUGUCAAGGAAAAUACUUUUUUAGAGGCUUGCAUCGAAAACCACACAAAAUCAAACCUUUAUAUGGACCAAGUUGACUUUGAGCCAGCUCAGCAUUGGAGCGCGACAAUACUAAAGGCUGAUGAACAUAAUUCCAAGAACAUUUCUGGAACUAGUGAAAUAUUCAAGACACCUGUCCUUAUUAGAUCUGGUGGAGGAAUACAUAACUUUCUUUAUCAGUUAAGAUCGACUUCACAUGGUUCUGUCCAAAGCAAUGUUCUUGGUAAAUUUCAGAUAACAUGGCGUACAAAUUUGGGGGAACCUGGCCGCUUACAGACACAGCAAAUUCUUGGGACUCCUAUUACUCAAGAGGAGCUUGAAUUGAAUGUCGUGGAGGUUCCUUCUGUAAUCAAUUUGGAUAAACCCUUUUUGGUAAAGCUGAAACUCAAAAAUCAGACUGACAAGGUACUGGGCCCCUUUGAGGUUACGUUGUCGCAAGUUGAUUCAAGUGAGCAGGAGAUGGUCAUUAUGAUUAAUGGCCUCCAGACAACAGUGAUACCAAAUGUCGAGGCAUUUGGAAGCACAGAUUUCCACAUGAAUUUUAUUGCUACUCAACUUGGAGUUCAGAGAAUCAAAGGGAUUACGGUGUUCGACACAAAGGAGAAGAAAACAUAUGGCCCAUUGCCCGAUUUGGAGAUUUUUGUUGAUUUAGAUUGAUUUACGGUUUGGCUGCAAAGUUUCACUUAAGUUGGGAUGGUAAUUAUUCCAUGCCGAGCAAAAGAUGUGAAGGCCCAUUACAAAAUCUGGCUGGUUAGAUUAAACAGAUUUGAGUCAGCUUGAUGAUUGCUGGUGCCUCUGCCCUUUGAAGGCUUGUAUGACUUGCUCCAGGGAAAUGCGAGAUGAAUGUCAUGCUCUUCUUUCGGUGGGGAGUGAUUGAUUAUCUGGAGAUGCUGUUUGUUUAGGGUAACUUAAGAUUCUCUAAUAUUUUUCAGCACCCAAGUAUGGGAUGUAAUUUUAAAUACAAAGCUCAGAUAUUUUUUUUUAUACAAGUUGAACAAGCUUUUUACAAACCCAA